AUGCUUGCGAAACAGGUGGAGGGAAUCGAAAACCCUAAUUUUUUCGAGCACGAAUACAUAUUUGAAUGGGAAAUUCCUGAACAGUACGUGGAACAUCGAGUUUCGCUCCAGACACUUCUCGACCGAGGUUUGGACCUGCGGGACUACCUCGAUGACACGAAACGCCUCCCUGACCUCCAAACUCUACGUCAGGAGAUGACAGAACAUCGUCUGAACCCUUACUUCACCGGUGACAAUAUCAGCCGGAGCUUAGGACGGAUGGCGCGAUGUUUCGGGGCGAGGGCCCCCGUGCCCGAGAUCGCGUCGCAGAUCAUGGCCGAUUGCCCUCGCCUUAGCUUUGUCGAUCACCAAUACCAGUACGCUUAUUGGGAAGGCUACGCUGACCCUAUCGACUUUGAACAUUUCUGCUGGGUGGCAUUUGGGAUUGAGGAGGAACCGACAAGGAAAAUGCCACCACAGACGGACGUUAGAACGUUAAUAGACCCUAAUAGUCAACACCAAUCCCGGUAA